AUGGCCAAAGCAAAGGCCAAGUCGCUUAUUGUUCGCUUAAUAUCGACGGCGCAAACCGGAUUCUUUUACACGACCAAACGUCUUCGCCAGGGACCUCUCCUGUCUGCGGUGAAGUAUGAUCCUAUGGUGAAGCGGAGGGUCCUUUUCGUGGAAAGUAAAAAGACUAAAAAGUAG